AUGAUCUUUAUGAAUGAUUUGGCUGGUGGAGACACAAUUUUUCCAAAUGCUCAUGUUCUCCCUGCGUCGCAGCUUAGUUAUCGGGAUGGAUUAAUAGUGAUGAGUUACUUGAACUCCACACAAUCUCCAACUGCAUCAAUCUCAUUCCAAGGUACCUUGAUUGGCAAGAAAAGUGCCCCACAAGUUGCCUCAUUCUCUUCCCGUGGGCCUAGUCUGAACUCUCCAGGGAUCCUAAAGCCUGACAUCAUUGGACCCGGGGUCAACAUUUUGGCUGCUUGGCCAGUCUCGGUUGACAAUGCUACCAAUUCAUUCAAUAUGAUAUCAGGAACUUCAAUGUCCUGCCCGCACCUUAGCGGAGUCGCCACUCUGGUCAAGAGUGCUCAUCCAAAUUGGUCCCCAGCAGCCAUAAAGUCGGCCAUUUUAACCACGGCUUACAAGUACGAUCGUGGUGACAGGUCAAUUUCCACCGAGCAGAAUGUUUCUGCUUCUAUGUUCGAUAUGGGUUCUGGCCACGUGAAUCUGUCAAUGGCCUUGAGUCCAGGCUUGGUAUAUGACAUCCAACCAGAUGAUUACAUUCCUUAUCUAUGCGGGUUGGGUUAUGGCGACACUGAGAUAAGAUUGAUCGUGCAACGAAAGGUGAAUUGCUCGAAUGUAUCUUCCAUUCCCGAGGCCCAACUCAAUUACCCGACAUUUUCCAUCUCAUUAGGCUCCGAUGAUCAGAAGACUUUCACCAGAACGGUUACUAAUGUUGGCCUUCCCAACUCUACUUACACAUGCAAGGAGGUUUUAUCUCCGGAAGGCGUUGAUGUUAAAGUCAUGCCCUACAAGAUCGAGUUUAAAGAUUUGAACGAGAAAGCGAGUUAUUCAGUGACAUUUACUAAGUUGGGGAAUGUGACGAGAACUAAGGUUAGUGAAGGCCACUUGAUCUGGUCAUCUGCUGAUGAAAAAUCUAAGGUCGUCAGCGCUAUUGUCGAAGCACCAUCAGCUCCUGGGAAAACCGGCUUACAAACUUACAUUGUGUUUCUAGACAAGCCAGAGGGCCUAACGUUACCCACGGAGGGUUCAAAUUCAAAUCAUGCUGAUUUACGCAGCUGGUACACAACAUUUCUCCCUGAAACCACCUUAACCACAAACGAAGAGCGCAUAGUGCAUUCCUACCGCAAUGUUGUCACAGGAUUUGCUGCUAAGCUCACACCACAGGAGGCCAGAGCAAUGGAAGACAAGGCAGGCUUUGUCUCGGCCAGAGUCCAGCGAUCUUUGUCCCUACUCACGACUCGUACUCCUGAGUUCCUUGGUCUGCAGCAGAGUCUAGGAGCUUGGAACUUACCGAAUUCGGGCGAAGGAGUGAUCAUUGGGGUCAUCGACACGGGGAUCAACCACGGUCACCCUUCUUUCUCCGACGAAGGCAUGCCUCCCCCGCCUUCCAAAUGGAGAGGCAGGUGCGAGUUCAAUGGCAAACGGAUUUGUAACAACAAGCUCAUCGGUGCGAGGAGCUUCCUUACCAAUACUACCCCGUCGGAAGAUGUCGAUUUCUACCAUGGUAGUCAUACUGCAGGGGAAGCUGCAGGGAGCCCUGUUCAAGGCGCAAAUGUGUUUGGACAAGCAAAUGGGACGGCAAUGGGAAUCGCCCCCAAAGCUCACCUAGCAAUGUACAAGAUAUGCCUAAAAGAUGAAUGCUUCGAGAGCGGGCUACUGGCAGCCAUGGAUGCUGCUAUUGAAGAUGGCGUUGAUGUUCUUUCGUUGUCGAUUACUGACGGAUCAAGUCCUUUCUAUGACAAUACGAUUUCCCUGGGUGCAUUUAGAGCCAUUCAGAGUGGUAUCUUCGUGAGCUGCUCAGCUGGAAAUGAAGGACCCUCAAAGUCUUCUGUGGUCAAUGAUGCCCCAUGGAUUUUGACCGUUGGAGCAAGUACGAUCGACAGGGAGAUCAGAGCAACUGUGUUGCUAGGAAACAAUGUGGAGCUCCAUGGUCAAUCCGCCUACCAACCAAAGGAUUUGAAUUCGCGGCAAUUGCCAAUCAUUGAUCCUGCUGCAACUGGGAUAAAUGCAUCAGCAACAUUUUGUGGAGCAGGAUCAUUGAACAACAUUGAUGUUAAGGGCAAGAUAGUCCUAUGUCAGAUUGGAGGUGAAGUUAGGACAAUAGAGAAGGGACAAGAAGUGAAGGAUCAUGGCGGAGCAGCCAUGAUCUUAAUUAACGAUUUGGCCGGUGGAUACACCACUCUUGCUAGUGCACAUGUUCUACCUGCAUCGCACAUCAAUUAUCAGCAUGGAUUAGCAGUGAAGGGUUACUUGACCUCCACACAACUCCCUACUGCAUCAAUCUCAUUCGGAGGUACCUUGAUUGGAAAGUCAAAUGCCCCACAAGUCGCCUUCUUCUCUUCCAGAGGGCCUAGUCCUCAAUCCCCAGGGAUCCUAAAGCCUGACAUCAUUGGACCCGGUGUCAACAUUUUGGCUGCUUGGGGAGCCUCGGUUGACAAUGCUACUAACUCAUUCAAUGUUGUCUCCGGAACUUCAAUGUCUUGCCCUCAUCUCAGUGGAGUCGCAGCUCUAAUCAAGAGUGCCCAUCCAGAUUGGUCCCCUGCAGCGAUAAAAUCAGCCAUUUUGACCACUGCUUACACAAUCAAUCGUGAUGGAAGCUCAAUCUCCACUGAGCAGAACGUUUCUGCUACCGUCUUUGAUUUAGGUUCCGGUCACGUAAACCCACCAACGGCCAUGAAUCCGGGUUUGGUAUAUGACCUCCACCCGGAUGAUUUCGUUCCUUAUCUCUGUGGGUUGGGUUAUGAUGACAAAGCGGUAAGAUUAAUAGUGCAACGAAAGGUGAAUUGCUCGAUGGUACCUUCCAUCCCCGAGGCUCAGCUGAAUUACCCAACAUUCUCCAUUUCAUUGCAUUUUGGUGAUCAAAAGACUUACACCAGAACUGUUACUAAUGUUGGCCUUCCAAACUCAACUUACACCUACAAGGCAUUAUCUCUGGAAGGCGUUGAUGUUAAAGUCAUGCCCAAGGAGAUCAAGUUUAGAGAGCUGAAAGAAAAAGCGAGUUUUUCAGUGAAAUUUACCAGAUUCGGAAAUGCAAUGGGAAGUAGUAGUGUUAGUGAAGGUCACUUGGUAUGGUCGUCAAAUGAAGGUGAAUACAAUGUUGUAAGCGCUAUUGUUGUUGUCUUUGUGUGA